AUGAUCCCAAUCACUGAAGAGAUUGUGAAAGCGGCUGUCCAAACUACAGCAAAGGGAGAUAAACUGAUAGCUCUCUUCCUUGAGAAACGAAGAGAUGCGAUUACAAUCACUGAAGAUAUGUUGAGGAUAGCUGCAGCGAAUUGGCGAAAUGGAGACCGGCUGAUGGAUCUCUUCUUUGAGAAACAAGGAGAUGCAAUCCUAAUUACUGAGGGUGUUGUGAAAGCGGCUGUCCAGAACACAGUGAACGGAGACAAAAUGAUGGCUCUUUUCUUCGAGAAACGAGGCGAUGCGAUCCCAAUCACUGAGGAUAUUGUGAAAGCAGCUGUCCGGAAUACAGCGAUCGGAGACAAAAUGAUGGCUCUUUUCUUCAAGAAACGAGGAGAUGCGAUCCCAAUCACUGAGGAUAUUGUGAAAGCAGCUGUCCGGAAUACGGGAAAUGGAGACAAACUGAUAACUCUCUUCUUUGAGAAACUAGGAGAUGCGAUCCCAAUCACUGAGAGUGUUGUGAAAGCGGCUGUCCAGAAUACGACGAAGGGAGACGAACUGCUGGCUCUUUGUGUGAACAAACUAGGAGACUCAAUCUAUAUAACCGGUGAAAUCCUAGAGGCGUUUGUACACAAUUCUCAGAAAGGACGUUCGUUGAUGACUCUUGUUCUUGAUAGUAAUCUCAAAAUUCCCGUCGAUUACAAUUGGAUACACGAGCUCGGUAUUGUGGGAUAUAAUACACAGGAUAUAUUUGAGCUGCUUUCGGAUAGCGUGAAAGACUCUCCUUGGAUCUUCUUCAAUCCUAUUUCCCUCGAUCUUGCUGAUAUAAGGGACAACAGACAUAUACCAGGAUGUUGCCAUGAAGUUUUGGGUGGUGGAUCAUGGGCAUCAGGGGGCCCAAAGCUCGAUCAUAAUCCCUUCAAUAUUGAUCAUCGGAGUACCACUGAGCAGAUCCAGGGACUCUGUGGACUCGCUGGAAUAAGUCCAUCAACUCGCUCCUCCAGGGACUGGAUUGGAUCCAUUCAGUUCAGCAACGAGAAUUGCAGUAUAAAGGCUUCAUAUACUCUUGCCACCGAUCGAAGUCAACCAAUCAAUAUCGGAUUUAUUUGGUCUCGCAUCUCUCGCGCCCUUGCAGGGGUCUGCGACGCUAUUGCCCUGACACAGUCAAAGAAUUUGUGUUGCAGUUCUUUCACAAUAAUCAAGGAAGGUGCCCACACCUUGGAGAUACCUCGGGGCGAGACUAUUUCCGUGACUUUCAAAUCCGUUCUUGCUCUAUCCGAGGCACUGAAGCGUGUAUUAGAACCAACAUCUGAGCAAUCUAGCCUGAGAACUCUUCUAUCUGCUUCCGAGACAAUCUUAGAAUUGGUCUGGUCAGAUGUUGCGAGAUACCAAAAAGGCUCUGAAAUGGAAUGGUGCAUUCAUCUCUGUGCGGUAACAGUCCAAUUCCUCUGUGUUGGCUUUUUAUCCUAUUCACAAGCACAUAUUGGUCCAUUCCAGCCGUUCUUUCUGGAUAGCCCCCUACAUCAGAUGACGUUGAGUGGACUUGACUGGGAAGCAGACUUCCCCCAAUUAAUAGCAGAACUUGUUGAUCUCACGUGUUUAGGUGAAAUGACCGGUGGGCCAGUCUUGAUUUUCCGUGCCAGCCAGGGUUCAUCGCAGCCCAGAGAGCUAGAAAAGCCUCAAGACUUACAGAUAAGCAUCAAGUACGACAUCCUUGGCCACAUUGAGGAUAUACUGGAUACUUGGGGACCGGGGUCCCUGAUAUUUCUGAGUGAUUUACCGGCACUUCCAGUCGCAAUCAAAAUCGGCAAGGGAUUUAUUUUCGCUGGUAACGGCCAAACAUAUCACUGGUCUAAGGAUAUCCAAGAUAUAGAGGAUUAA